CCUCAAGAUGGGAUGCAGCAGAAAAGCAUGUGGUAUCUUCUCCGCAAUCCUACUCUUCCUAGCCUUUGUAGUGCUCGCCCUGCUUCUGGUAUUCGUCUUCAAAGACAACAUCAAGAACCCAAUCCAAGCCCGAACUAAAAACGCUGGAAUAAUCCUCGGAAAAACAGUAACCCUAAAAGAUGACGUCACUGAAAUACACGAGUUCCACAAUAUUCGCUACGCUGAGGCUCCUAUCGGAGAGCUAAGGUUCAGACCUCCGGUCAGACAGGAGAUAGACCCUGAGCAGGGUGUGGAAGCUAGUGACGAAACACCCGUGGUGUGUGUCCAGGCGGAUACGGGUGUUGGAGUGGAGGAUUGUUUAGUGCUGAGUGUCCGGUCACGUGAUCUGACUGGUUCUAAACCAGUUCUGGUGUGGAUUCACGGCGGAGGGUUAGCUACAGGGUACGGGAUGAUGCAGGGUUACAGCUUUGAUGCUGAGGUGACCCAUAAGGUUGAUGCUGUGACUGUUAACAUCAACUUCAGGCUUGGGUUCAUAGGUUUCAGUUCAGUGGAGGAGCUGUGGGAUGAGGAAGCAGGGGUUUAUGCUAAUAAUGGAAUCAGAGAUAUGAUCGCAGCUUUAGAUUGGAUACAAGAUAAUAUCGCAGCGUUUGGAGGAGACCCUGGCUCAGUAACCCUGAUUGGUGAGAGUGGAGGUGCCACAGCUAUACUGGCUCUAGUCUCAUCCCCGCUAGCUAACAACAAGUUCCACGCAGCUAUCGCCCAAAGCCCCGCUCCAGAGAUGAGAUUCACACACAUUAACGGAGAUGCCUACCAGAGAACGAUAGUAGCCCAAGUAAACUGUACCCAGGAAGCUGCUGAAGACAGGAAACAGUGUUUGUUAGACCUACCUGCCCACAAGUUCUCAAGGGAAUACAUCGAGAUUGUUAACGGAGACGCGUAUUUCACGUUCCCUAAAUCCCUGACUGAGGACGCUGAAGUGGUCGGCCUGGUAAUGAUAGAUCCGGUUGUUGUGACUGUGACUCCUAGGAACUUAAAAACAGCUGGCUUCACCCCGUCCUCACCUCUACCCAUCAUUGUUUCUAGCCUAGCGGAGGAGAACUAUGUUAUGAGUUGGUUGUUUAGCCCGCCCUUCGCUUCUGAAGCUGAUUUGAAAACAGCUAUGAAGCCUCUUUUUGAAAACCUAACAGAUGAAGAUAAUGCCAUGGAAACAGCAAUUGCCCUGUACCCUGACACAGACCCCACCACCAUCUGGAGCUUAAUGACGUGUGAUAUGAGAGCUACCUGUCCUUCUAACGAUGUAGCAGAGGCCAUGUCUGGUGCUGCUAACAGGGAUAUCUACAGGCUGUACAUCACCCAUAGGUCCUCUGUAGGCAUUCCUGCUAUCCAUGCCUACGAUUCAAUAGCGUUCUUCGGGUACAACAGUGCUCUUCUGCCGUUCACAGCACAGGAGUCAGACAUUAAAUUUGAGAAACAUUAUAUUGACAUGGUGAAAAAACUGGCUCAGGAUAAGAAGUUUGAUGAUGGUUGGACCCCGUUCCCCGGGAAGUCAAUGAUUUACGAGAAUACUGAUGAGAUUUCCAACAUUGGAAGCACUGAACCCCAAGGUUCCAUUUGUGAGAAGCUGACUGAAAUGGACUUGGUCAAAUAUGGAUGGCAAAAUUAAUUGCACGCAUUUUAUUUUUGUAACUCUGUUUUUAUGAGCGAUUUUCAUGCAUGAAAUAUUGAAAUAAGGGCCAUAAUAUGAUGCAAUUUUAAUUACUUAACUAAUUUUUUAAACUGUUUAAUACAACAUGUAGAAAUAUAUCAAGAACAAACAGGCCUUUUUAAGGGCGAAUCGUUAGAAUUUACACUAAGUAUGUACAUGUACUGUAAUGACCCUUAUCACAGAGCUGGCAAGCACGACCGUCGCCAUUGUACUCAUUAUACUAUUUACCCCUGAGGCAAAAUUGUGAAGGUUUGUGAUUACACAAACCUGAUUACACAAAAUAAAACUAUAUGAUUUUAUCUUAGUUUGUUGAUAAAAUUACAUACACAUAUUAUAAAUAUAAUAUUGUCAUUACAUUCUAGACACAAGACA